AUGCGCGUCUCGUACAGAUUCAUUCCUCUCCUCCCUGCCUCCCUGUUCCUCCUGCUUGCUCUGAGCGCUAGAGCGGAGAACCAAUGCGCCCAAUCAAACUUCUCUGUCAUGAGCAAUGCGUCAUCGUUUUGCUCGAAUUACUCAGUGCAAAUUAACAUCUGCCAUAACGCCGACGGGAUGAACAUGACCGACAUGACCGACCAUACGCGUGAGGCGCAAGAUUUGCUGGCGAGCAUGAACGUAUCCCAGUGUCAGGCAGCCAUGCAUCAGAUCUGCAGCAAGGCGGGAGGAGAAGCUUUGCCUGCCUCCCCCUCCAUCUGUUGCAACUACAUGGUGCCCGGCGCUGGUUUUCUGAUCUCCUGUACAUCGAAGGAGGAAUGCUUGGGGUGGGAUGGUCUAUACUCCAUCGACUUGGGCAACGUCUCUGCCCCCAAGAUCUGCUGCAGCACGUGCUCGGUUUGGCUGAACGCGCUCUGCAAAUUCCCUUCCUCUGCAAACACCCAGCAAUAUUGCCAGUCCAUGUGCUCCAACAGCUUUCCAUGCUACUCCUCCACAGCAAGCCCACCUCCUCAGGGUACUCCUCCUCCGCUGGUCUACGGGAGCAUGCCAACAGCAGUCAUCCGGCUCCGGAUCGAGGGCCUGCUCAUGACUGACUUCGACGCUUACAUGCAGUCUCACUUUCUCAAGAUCCUUGCGCCCCUCAUCGGUGACACCCUUCUCCCUUCACUUCUCAUCGCUGACUGCCCCUCCUCUAGAUGUCGGAGAGAGCUUCCUGGUACCUUCCAUGUUGCGUUGCUCCUACCGUUGAGCCGCUGCUUUCACAGUCUCUCAAGGUCUUCCCCAAGCCUCAGCAUGCCCUUCGCCAUCAUUGUGGACGUGGAGGUCAAGACAUUCUCUGAAUCUUUCGCACAAUCUAUCGUCACGACCAUCGAGUCUGUGGUGGACAGGUCAAGUUUUCCGAUUUCAGCCACGGGGGUUGUUGUCGUGUCUGCGACUGUUGUGAACAUUCAGGGGGUGCCAGCUGCCGUCGCCCGUGGAACAACUCCAACGCAGCUCAUCUGUGAUUCGUCAUGCAUGACAUGUAUCAAACCUGGCAAGGACGGAUGCGUCCUUUGCAAGGAUGGAUACGCGUUCUGGCAGCCUCCAGAACGAGCCCUGGCUGGGACGGACGAGAACGGACAGUGUGUGGGGUACUGGGGCAACGGAAUGCUGCUAGUGAUAACAUCGCUUGUUUUGAUGAGGGGAAGUGACAAGGGUCAGGGCUGGGCGUUGGGAGCGAUUUUGGGACUGCUGGCCAUCGGAGUUUGUAUCCACUUCUUCUUCGACGCGAUGGAUCUCAGUGUUGUGAUGGGGAAGAGAAGGCAUCGAGUCCGCGAAGCUCGAUGGGUAGCUACCGACAAGGCAUGCGAGGCGACGGCAAGCUGA